GUUUGGCUACAUAUUGAAGAGUUCGCAAGAGAACUGUCAUCUUAUGUGGAUUCCAGGAAUAUUCUCUGUUGGCUUCUUUUCUGUUAGCUUGUAGAAGUGGUUAGCUCAUCAGCUGUAUUAGUGAAUAUGAGCACAUGACUUGAAGAUGGCGGGAACGGCGGAUGUGAUGGAGGGAUUCCUCUGUCCUCUGUGCAUGAAAGACUUUGGCACAGUCACACAGCUGCAGGAACACUUUGAAGUGGCUCACACUUCUGAGGACAAGGCCGUCUUCCAGCAUUUGAAAGGUUUUUUUGACAAGGCCAAGAAGCGGAUUCUCGGAGACAAAGAUUUGCUUGGUUUUUCAUCACCGUUCGGUGGACAGAGGGAAGAUGACUCUAGCUAUUUUGCUGCAUCCAGCGUGAUGGGAUAUGACCCAUCGUGGUGGGAACCGCAGGAACUGGGAGUGAUACGAAGCCACAUAGAAACAUUCAAAGCCAAGCGGGAUGCUCGAGUUGAUCACUUUGUAGUAGAAACCAACAAGCUGUUGAUUCGACUUGACAAGCUCAUAGCCGAUGACGCCCCAACGGAACCCAGCAAACGAAAAGCUUUUGAGAAGUCUGUUGUUCCAUGGAUUCCUGACAGUGAGGUUCCUGCGUGUCUGUCGUGUGCAAGAUCGUUCUCCCUGCGGCGGCGGCGCCACCACUGCAGAAUCUGUGGCGGCAUCAUCUGUUACCACUGCUCACAGUUUCUCACAUUCUCUUACGCUCAAAAAUUAGUGAACCCUGCAUUUAGCUUCCAAGGUGAAGGUUUUCUGAAGCGGACCAACAGCAACAGCAGUCUGAAUUCCUUGGUGGGUCCAGACGGCGAACAGCACAUGCGGAUCUGUGAUGUCUGUCGCAGACUCCUGGAACGCAGAGACAAGAUGACGGAACAGCGCAACUCGAAACCUAAUAUUGUACUUCUCUAUGACAAAAUGAAGACUUGUAUAGAUGAUGCACAAGAACUUCUCACACGCUAUAUGCCAAUGGUCGAGUCAUUGAGCAAUGGAGAAUCGACAUACAAUUAUCGGCAAGCCCAAAUCUUGAGAGCAAAACUAAGCAAAAUGUAUGAAAUAAUAGAUCAACUAAGCAAGAAGAUUCUAAUUCUUAAUCUGGAUGCAGAGCCUCCGCCGAACCCCAAAGAACUUUACCUUCAGAAGUCCAUUCGGAUUUACGCCAGCAACUUCAUGCAGGAAAACCUCAUGGGUUUGCAAGCCUUACCCAGUGAAGAAGAAUACACCAGGAUGCAGGAAUCAAGAAAAGAGAAGAUACAACAGCAGAUUGCCGUUGAGAGACUUGCAGCAAUGGAGGCCCAAGAGAAGGAAAGACGGAAUGAAGAACCUGAAAAACCAGGGAAAUCCCCAACAGACAGUGUCAAACAGCUGGGUCACCGCCGAUCCGAUUCCUCCGACAGUGUCGGCAAGGGGUGGAAACCUGCAGAGGUCGUUGCCAAGGCUGACGACCCCAUGCUGCAGCAGAUAGAAAUAAUCCGUGGUUACGUUCGCCAGGCACGAGAGGCAAAGAAAUGGGACGAAGUGGAGAUGCUGGAGCAGAAUUUAAAGGAAAUACAGCAGGAAUAUCUACGUCAGCAGGGACACAGUUUCAAGUCUUAGCGAGGCACAGUUUCAAGUCUUAGCAUGUCAAUGCAGGAAUGUGUAAUGGCAGCACGAUGAAAGAUUCUAAGUCUGAGCAUGCCUUGUGGACAGUCCACGUGAAUGAAUGCCUUACUCUGGUGGCACUUUAAUACUUCACGUGCUUUGAUUAUUAAAGGUUGUGUGCAGAGGUUCAGAAUUACGAUGAUCAUUGCUAGAUUAUGUAACAGUAAAUUGUAACAAAGGCACAGGGUUUAUAUGUUAAACAUCAGUUCAUCAAAUAUGGAUUGAAUUUAGCUAUAAAUAUAUAAUAUAUUUUGUAAUUUUACCAGAAAAAACACAUUUGGAUAUCAUAUUUUAUAAAGAAAAACUUAAAUUUGGCUUAAUAUCAGUAAAAAAAAAAAAAAAAAAAAAUUCACAAGAUGAUUAAGCUUGCUUUUGUCUCGAGCCUUGAUGAAGAUGACUAGAUUUUGUAACAGAAGCUAUUUUUAUUUUUAUUGAGAAAAAUCUUGUGAUAAACCUACAGUUUUAAGAUUGUGUUUAUUCACAAAGAGGUAGAAAAGUAUCAUGGUCACAAUUGUUUUUCUUUUUGUACCAACCUGGAAUGUAUUCCCACAACCAUGAAUGGAGCGUAUUUAUUAUAUUCAGUUUGGGAGUUGAUAAAUCACAUAACUGGUAGCCUGGAGCAAACUGAUGUUCUUCGUGUACUACGGUUUUGUGUAUUAUGCAAUGUAGAUGCUGAUGUAUUAUACCAGUGUUUGGCAUUUUUAUCUAGCAAUUUAGUUUUUGGAAUCUAAUUUAGUCUUCUAUCUUUGCAGUCAUAUUAUUAAUGUUGUUAAAUAGCUUAUAUGUAAAGAUGUGUGUAUCUUGGUAAGAUUUGCUAGCAUUUUCAGUGCUUUGAAUUUUUAAAUCAAAUUCAUCAACAAUUUAUUUUUUGUAACGUGACUCACCCAUAAAACCUGUCCUGUUCCGUUUUAGAAGUAAUUUAUUAUAUUUCUCUUCCCUUUGUUUUUACAAAUGGAUGUAAAAAUAAAUAAAAAUAAAAAGCCUGCCAUCCCACUAUUAAAAUGUAAUUUUAAAGGCCUUAUCCCCAUUUCUUAAUAUUUGAAGCUUCUUUAAAGGUGUUGCAUACUACCAGAGUCUGAGACUGCAGGUCAUAUUUUUCAAACAGUAUUUAAAGAUAAUGUACAGGGAUCGAACGUAAAGACGGAAAUGGUUAUAUCUGCAGAAUUAAUUGCUGUAGCUCAAGGGCUUUAUCAAUGAAAUUUUAUUGCCACAGGAUAAAAAUUAUUGUGGUCAGUUGACGGAAUUAUGUUUGCUUUUUUAGUUAUUUAUUUGUUGCAAAAGUCACUGGUUACAAUUGCAGUAGACAGGCUCAAAAUCGCAGUAGGUAACAAAUUGCUACGUACAAGUCCUGGUGUAUUUUGUGUUAUUUUCGAGUUGUAUACUUUGAGAAAAAGAACUUUUUGUAAUACAACUAGCUGAAUCAUGAAUUUUAUUUAACAAAUAGAAAAACCUAAAUUUUGUAUUGUGCAUAAAAUCAUUUUGUUAGGAGAAACAUUUAAUUGUGUGGAAUUCCAGUUUAACAAGCUGUUUGAGAACAAUAUCAAUAAAACUUGAAUUUGUUUUUACGGUUAACUUUGUGCAUUUUUUUAAAUUGUAUUAGUAAAAUUUUUAUCUAAUAUUUUUUGGUUCAGCAUAUUGUGAUAUGUGUAUUUAUUAUGUCAUAGGCAUCGGAACAUGCUAGCAACUGGAGUGGCCAGUUGUAUAUCAGUUCAUUCAUUCGCCUUUCAACCGAGAUGUGUGUGUACAAAGCAUACUCAGAGUUGGGAAUGGCCAGUGGCCCCUUCUUCCACCCCUAUGUAUGUUUCAUCCCAGCAAAUGCAGUAUUUUUCUUAUUUUUUCACACUACAAUUGGUGUAUGUGCAUUCAGCUUUAUCGAUGUUCUUGCCAUUAAUUAACAGACUGGUACUGAUGUAUAUAAUUAUAUAUUGUCAUCUGUAUGCUAUGUCCAGCAACCAGAAAUAUAUUAUAAAUUAAUAUUUGUAAUUUGAAUCAAUCUUUUGUAUUUAGGAAUUAAAUGGGCAUUUUGUCGUAAACUUCCUUGAAUGAAGGCAGAAGACAAUAAGAGUGCAAUCAAAGCAUACAGCUUAGAUCUGCAUAAUAUUUAUUUCUCCAGCAGCCUGGUGACAAAGUCAUCAAGGUUAACGCUGGUAGACACAGAGUUGGUAUCCCAAACUGGUCACAACUUGAGUAAUUGCUUAGUUCAGUAAUGAGAGGUAAAAGCUACCAUACCAACUUUUCUUGCCAAUCAUUAACACACAGCCGAGAUGUUUGCCCAUAUCAUACUUGUACAGUAAUUGGACGAAAAAUAAAUUGAAAACUCAUUAGGAAAGGGGAUCUUAGGAGCUGUUUUGAGUCUUAUUUUUAAAAUGUUGAAGAUCAAACCAGAAUCAGUCAUAUGAAGACUUCUACUAAAAAUAGGAGUUAAACAAUCGGCACAUUUUUUUCUUGGCAGUAGUUUGUCAUUUUAAGACAUUUAUUUAUAAGGAACAUGGAAAUUGUGCAAUGUAUGGGAAAUCUGUAUUGGAUAAAACAUCCUUGAUCACAAGAUAAAAUAAAAUAUAUGGGCAGGAAAUGUUUACAUUGGUAGUGUUCAGUCUUAUUUGAUUUGAUCAUUUGCCAGUGUGUCUGUCAGAAUUUUUUUUUUGGGUAUGGCGCUAUGGAAUUGAAUGUAACCAGAGUCAACAGGGGGUAUGGGGGGCCUCCCCCACAAAGAAAAUGGGUUACAUUUAGGGUUAGGGUUAAGAAAAUCAUACAAUAAUGAUAGGUCAUUAAGUUUGUCAAAAUGUUAACUUAAAAAAAUCAUAAUUUGGGUAUGGCACCAUACCCGUUUUACCAUCUGGCAGAAACUCUGUUUGCAGUAAUUUGCUCAGUAUAUAAUACAGGAAAAAUAUAAAACUUUUCUUAUUCAAGACAUCAUCAUGUGCAAUAAAGAGCUUAAAACUU